AAUAGGACUGAAACGUCAAAUCUCAUACGACCUAGAAAGUCCUUCCGCGUCUUGGAUUAUAUUAUUUUCUAUAAUCUUACUGUUUUGUGCAACGUUUAUAACUUUAAUUUUCAUCUAUCGUAUAAACUAGUAUCACAUGAAUUUAGAUUAGAUCACCGCGUCCCACAACGAAAUGGUGAACAGGCUAUUCCAUGGCCGUGUGGCUUUGCAGCAACAGGCCAUUGUUGGCUUAGUGCUGGUGAUCAACUGUUUUACUGCAUACGCGUUUUAUGUUCCCGGUGUUGCUCCAGUGGAAUUCAAGAAGGGACAGAAAAUAGACGUGAAGGCAGUCAAGAUGACCAGUACCCACACGCAGCUUCCGUACGAGUAUUACUCACUGCAAUUUUGCUUGCCCAAAAAUGGCACUUUGGUAUACAAAAGUGAGAACCUGGGAGAGGUUUUGCGAGGUGAUCGAAUCGUUAACACACCAUACGAAGUUCGGAUGGCUGAGAAUGUCCGCUGCAAAUUAUUGUGCAAUAGCAAAGAUCGACCACUAAAUUGGGAUCGUGAACAGUCUGAAAAGGUAGCAGAACGAAUAAGACAUGAAUACUUUGUGCAUCUGAUCAUUGAUAACUUACCAGUGGCUACCAAGUUUGUGAAUCCAGAUACAAAUGAGUUGCAAGUCGAGCAUGGUUAUCGCCUAGGGCAGACUGACGGGAAAAAUGUUUAUAUAAACAACCACUUGAAGUUCCGUCUGUUCUAUCAUCUACAUAGCGAGAACCAGUAUCGCGUCGUUGGAUUUGAAGUUGAAACGCUCUCAGUACAUAUGAAUGAACUCAACUUCGAGGGAGAUACGUGUCGUUUCCCAGAAAAUCCUCGGCCGCAACCGGUCACAAUCACUUCAGGACAUUCUCAACUUUUUUUCACAUAUUCUGUCGAGUGGCAAGACUCUUCUGUAAAAUGGGCUUCGCGAUGGGACAUUUAUCUUGGUAUGAAUGAUGUCCAGAUUCAUUGGUUCAGCAUUAUUAAUUCGCUGGUUGUGGUAUUCUUUCUCUCAGGUAUUCUAACAAUGAUCAUGGUGCGAACUCUUCGUCGUGAUAUCGCGAAGUAUAAUAUCGAUGACAGUAGUAUCAGUAUUGAAGAUACCUUGGAAGAAACGGGUUGGAAGCUAGUUCAUGGUGAUGUUUUCCGACCACCGCGGCAUCCGAGAUUAUUUGCUGCUGUCAUCGGAAGUGGAAUUCAGAUUUUCUUCAUGGCUUUGAUUACGAUCAUAAUUGCCAUGCUGGGAAUGUUGUCACCAUCCUCCCGAGGUGCAUUGAUGACGGCUGGAAUCAUGUUAUACGUUUUCAUGGGUCUAAUUGCUGGAUAUUUCUCCGCUCGUUUGUAUAAAACGAUGAAAGGACGGAACUGGGAGCGAGCAGCCUUUCUGACAGCAACUUUAUUUCCUGGACUGGUUUUUGGAACUUGUUUCAUUCUGAACUUUUUCAUUUGGGACAAAGAUUCCAGUGGCGCGGUUCCAUUCGGAACAAUGGUGGCUUUGCUGUGUUUAUGGUUCGGAAUUUCGCUUCCGUUAGUGUAUCUGGGAUAUUACUUUGGAUUCCGAAAACAAGCGUACCAGCAUCCAGUCCGGACUAAUAUGAUACCCAGACAAAUUCCGCACCAGCAUUGGUAUAUGAAUAUGGGAUUGUGUGUGCUGAUGGCUGGCGUUUUGCCAUUUGGGGCAGUUUUCAUCGAACUGUUCUUUAUAUUUUCGGCCAUCUGGCAGAACCAGUUUUACUACUUGUUCGGUUUUCUAUUUUUGGUGUUUUGCAUUCUAGUCGUCAGUUGUGGGCAAAUAUCAAUCGUCAUGACGUAUUUUCAACUUUGUGCGGAGGACUAUCGCUGGUGGUGGCGAAGUUUUAUUGUUUCUGGAGGUUCAGCUGCGUAUAUUCUGUUUUACAGUAUAUUCUACUUUUUCACAAAGCUAGAAAUAACAGAAUUUAUACCCACCUUACUAUACUUAGGUUAUACUGGUUUAAUGGUCAUCAUGUUUUACUUAUUAACCGGAACAAUUGGAUUUUUCGCAGCGUAUAGUUUCAUACGAAAAAUUUACGGUGCAGUGAAGAUUGACUAAGCUUGGAUUCUGUUUAACAAAAUAGACUAAUUUAUACAAACAAAUGAUAAUCCAGUAAAGGAACUGAACAAAAGCGUAUGCGUGUGCUAGUCGAUGCGAGAAUGAUGAUAAAGUUUAUAAAUCAGUUCUUGUUAUGGUUAUCCCAUCCUUCGUUUUUACUUGAUCGAGGAAUCAUCGGAUACUUCUAGUGAGAUGGAUUAUAUAACUAUUUAAACUACUCAUAAUUGUGAACCUGGUAUGAAUGAGACUAGUUUUUAAGAUGUACGAAAAGGAAUACUAUCGUUGUAAUGAUUUAAAUUUAAAAAAUAAAUGUACGAAAAAAGAAAUUACAUACUUUCGUUUAGGAAUAGUUCACGAAAAGAUGAAACACAUAAUAAAAACCGAUAUAAACGCAAUCAGAA